AUGGAAAAUAACCUAAAUAAUUCUAGUAGUGCAUUCACAAGCACUUGGAAUCUUGAGAAAAUGGAAACAAAUGAACAAAACCGUAUUAUUCUCCAACAAGAUCAUCAUCAAAUUCCUAUGAGUAAUUCUUCUGGAAUUUGGCCAACAAAUAGCUAUAACAACAUGAUGAUGCCAGCAGCAGCACCGCCACCGCCACCAUCUUCAUCAGGUUCACUCAGUGACAUAUUAGGGAUCCACCAAAUCGAAGAGGUUGAAGAACAAGAAGAAGAGUUAGGAGCUAUGAAGGAAAUGAUGUACAAGAUUGCUGCUAUGCAACCGGUGGAAAUCGAUCCGGCAACAAUUCGUAAACCAAAGCGAAGAAACGUUCGAAUCAGCGACGAUCCACAGAGUGUCGCAGCUAGACAUAGAAGAGAAAGAAUCAGUGAGAAGAUUCGUAUCCUUCAAAGACUUGUUCCUGGUGGAACUAAAAUGGAUACAGCUUCUAUGCUUGAUGAAGCCAUUCGUUAUGUUAAGUUCUUGAAGAAACAAAUUAGGUUGCUUCAAUCUACUCCUCAAAAUCAACAAUAUCAAUUACCACUUUCAUCACAAUGCAUUAAUUCUACUCCUCCUCCUCCUAAUGCUUUGUUGUUAUCUCCUUCUUGUGACAUCGUCUGGCCUUUUGCACCAAAUCUACUACUCGCUUCCACAGCGGCUGCAUCGAUCGACUUGCCAGCCGGAAUUCAGUUUAACGCCGGAGAACAUUCACAUCCACAUCCUCAUCCACAUUCACAUUCACAUUCACAUGUCCAUGCUUGUGAUGGCUCAUCAAGCUUUAACCAUCAUGAGGUAAUUAGUGAGUAA